AUGUGGAGCAACCAUUCGAUUGGUCCAAGAUUCAAGACAGGAUCGGAAAUUCAUGGGACAAAUCUGGCUAGGUACACUGCCCCUUGCGAAUGCGCAAGCUGCAGACAGCAAUUCGUUCCGCCAGAACUUCAAAAGGCCUUUUGUCACAAGUACGAGAACAUGGUCAGGCCGCAGGAAGCAGAGGUGUCCCUUGCCAAGUUUGUCAGCCAGAUCAACAUCGACAGAGCUCACCUGGCCGAAUUGUGUAGCAUAUUUGGAAACACGAUACUUAGUCGAUGGAGGAAAAAGAGUCGUGACAAGCGUGAAGCACUCUUGAUCCAAGCAGACCCAACCAUGGAGAAAAAAGCUUGGUACAGAUUACGCUUCGAUGCUGAAGAGAUAUCUGGACCCACUGCCCGUCAACAACACCGGAAUAAUUGGCUACUACCAUACAUGAGCGUGGAAAUCAUGAAGUCAAGCCCAAACAUUCUCUUCGGACUGGUUCAGAACCGGAUUCAGUAUUCUCCACAGGAGUGGGCCGCGUCUGACAGCAACACGGUCAAGCAGGGCUUCGCCACUGGAUAUCUUGGCAUGGAGUAUUGUGGCCAUAGUUGCGUCGUUAUGCAUGGUCUGGACUACGGCGAAUUGGUUCCUUGGAACAAAGAGGCUGCGGAGCGCUGGGAUAUUGUUGGCUAUCCGCGUGCGCGCUUGGUCAUCGAGGCCCAGGCUGUCAUACUCUCUCGACUUCGCUCCAUCGUGGAACUCAUACUUGGAGGCGUUCAUCCUGACAGCUUAGAAGCCUCAGACAGAUGGCAAGAAACGGUACAAGCCGGUUUCAAGCAGACCAGCAACGUUGAAAUGUGGUCGGAAUACGUCAAUCAACCCUUCUCAAGCCCUCAAAGAUUCGACGUGGAACACUACUGCUCCGUGUCACAGGCUCGAAUGCAAGCAGCUCAGGACCACCUCUGGCUGCUACAGACAGACCCCUCAUACACUUGUUCGCGCUGGCGUAUAUUGUACGAGGAGUGGUCCCAUAUGAAGGACCUCUGCGAUCAUUUUCGAGACAACGUUCAUCCAGCACAGCCGUUGCCACGUCAAGUCGAGCAUAGUCUCGCUCUCUUGGAGGCAGCUCUCGUUCAGUACAUGGACAAAACAAUAAGACAUUUUACCGCUUGGAUCUCUCAGAGUCCUGGUUUCAAGGACAACUACAAGGUCACACUACACUGGAUUGUCUUCCAAUGUACGGGAGACACAGAUAAUGACAAACGAUUGGAUCACCCGGAGCUUUUCGCAAAGCUGGAGGCAUAUCUGGCCGAGGCAGAUGAGAAGGAGCGUGAUCGGUUGGACGAGACCGUGUAUGCGAGGCCUUCAGAAUUUGCGGCCCUGCAUGAAAUGCUUCUAGCAGUAAGAUCCCAUCGCCCUUCCUUCUUCCGUCGAGACGAACAAGGCUUGAGCGACCUGCGCAAGACGAACUCGACCGCGUAUACCAGGGGACUUGCUCUUGAGGGGGCCGCUGAAGAGGCAGUUUGCUUCCCAUGGAAAUCUCUGGAGACUUUCGACCAGACACAACCCGCGGCAGGCCGUAGAGAUGAAGCAUGGCUUGAAAAGAGGACCAUGGAGCGUAAAUUCCUCACGAGAUUCUGGGAUCAAGCGCUUGAAGCUCUGCGUGGUAUGAUGACUUAUACACGAAUGGAGCCGAGGGAGAUUGAAGACACCAUUUCCCUCAUCUCUGUAUCACGCAGCUCAGAAUACCAGAAGCUGGUUGAAAGCGAAAGACUCGAGGUUCUGGAAGCCAUCAAGUCGGCCACUGUAACCCAGAUCCCAACUCGGAGCACUCUCUGGGAUCAAGGUCCAGACAUCUCAAAGCUCGUCAUCGAAGAAAGAGCCCCAAAACCCAAGACCCGUCCCUCAGGACCCAUCAACGAACCUAUCGCACCCGAACCCAUCGAAGACACACCCUCAACCCAACCCAUCCCAACAACCCCUCGCGCCCUCGAAGUCCUCAAAAAAAUGUUCCCAACCACCGCCGAAGAAACAGCCGCAAAAACCACAGACUGGGACCUCUUCGUCCACGCCAUGAAUGAUCUCAAUUUCGCCGCUCGCAACUCAGGUGGUUCGGCCGUUGCAUUUGAGCAUGCGAGCAAGAGAAAAAUCAUCUUUCAUCGUCCUCAUCCUGUUGCAAAGAUUGAUAGUGUGAUGUUGCAGUCGAUGGGCAAGAGGAUGAAGAAGCAUUUUGAGUGGUGUAGAGAAAGGUUUGUGGAAACUUAG